AUGUAUAGUUGAACUAUAAAUGUAUUAUAAAUUAGCAAAACAAAUAGGAAUUUGCUGUUGCAGCGGGCUGCGGGGCUCUCCGGCGGCAGCGGGGCUCGAACCCGCGGCUCUCCGGCCCCGCCCCGCCGCGGCCUUCCCGGGCAGCGCGCGGCCCUCCGGGGCGCCAGGGGGCGCUGCGCGCGCGCGGGCGGCGCUCCGUGCCGGCGGGCCCGUGAGGAGGCGCGCGGAGCCGCCGCCGUGUCCGUCAUGGCGGCGGCGCUGUCGGGGCCGCUGCGCCCCGAGCUGGCCCAGGCCGUGUCCCAGGCGCGGGUCCUGGUGGUGGGGGCCGGCGGCAUCGGCUGCGAGCUGCUCAAGAACCUGGUGCUCACCGGCUUCAGCAGCAUUUACGUGAUUGAUUUGGAUACUAUUGAUGUCAGCAAUCUCAACAGACAGUUUCUGUUUCAGAAGAAACAUGUUGGAAGAUCAAAAUCACAGGUUGCCAAGGAAAGCGUGUUACAGUUUUGUCCAGAAGCUAAUAUUAUAGCUUACCAUGAUAGCAUCAUGAACCCUGACUAUAACGUAGAGUUCUUCCGCCAGUUUACGUUGGUUAUGAAUGCUCUGGAUAACAGAGCUGCCCGUAACCAUGUGAACAGGAUGUGUCUGGCUGCUGAUAUUCCUCUUAUAGAGAGUGGAACUGCAGGCUACCUUGGACAAGUAACUGUUAUCAAAAAGGGAGUGACAGAAUGUUAUGAAUGUCAGCCUAAACCAACUCAGAAAACUUUCCCAGGCUGCACAAUCCGAAAUACGCCCUCGGAGCCUAUCCAUUGCAUUGUGUGGGCCAAGUAUUUGUUCAACCAGUUGUUUGGAGAAGAAGAUGCUGAUCAAGAAGUCUCACCUGACAGAGCUGAUCCUGAAGCUGCCUGGGAGCCAGCAGAAGCAGAAGCCAGAGCACUAGCAUCCAAUGAAGAUGGUGAGAUUAAACGUGUUUCAACUAAGGAGUGGGCUAAAUCCACUGGCUAUGAUCCAGUUAAACUUUUUACUAAGCUUUUCAAAGAUGACAUUAGAUAUCUGCUGACAAUGGAUAAGCUGUGGAGGAAAAGAAAGCCUCCAGUGCCACUGGACUGGGCUGAGGUACAAAAGCAAGAGCAAAACAUACCUGACCAGCAGAAUGAGAGCUCUGCAGUGCUGAAGGAUCAGCAGGUUCUCAAUGUCAGGAGCUAUGCAGACCUGUUUUCAAAGAGUGUUAAAACCCUGAGUCUUCACCUGGCUGAGAAGGCCGAUGGAGAAGCACUUAUAUGGGAUAAGGAUGACCCUUCUGCCAUGGAUUUUGUCACUGCUGCAGCAAACCUCAGGAUGCAUGUUUUUGGAAUGAAUAUGAAGAGCAGAUUUGAUAUCAAGUCAAUGGCAGGAAAUAUUAUCCCAGCUAUAGCUACUACCAAUGCAGUGAUAGCUGGCCUGAUAGUGCUGGAGGGUUUGAAGAUUUUAUCGGGGAAAAUAGAUCAGUGUAGAACGAUUUUUCUGAACAAGCAGCCAAAUCCCAGGAAGAAGCUGUUGGUUCCUUGUGCUUUGGAUCCACCAAAUCCCAAUUGUUAUGUAUGUGCAAGUAAGCCAGAAGUGACUGUGAAACUUAACACACACAAAGUUACUGUGUUGACACUCCAGGAUAAGAUACUGAAAGAAAAAUUUGCUAUGGUAGCACCAGAUGUACAAAUAGAUGAUGGAAAGGGAACUAUCCUGAUCUCUUCAGAAGAAGGUGAAACAGAAGCAAAUAACCACAGGAAAUUAUCAGACUUUGGCAUUCGAAAUGGAAGUCGACUACAAGCAGAUGAUUUCCUUCAGGACUAUACUCUGUUAAUCAAUGUGCUUCAUAGUGAAGACUUAGAAAAAGAUGUGGAAUUUGAAGUUGUUGGUGAUACCCCUGAAAGAAUUGGCCCUAAACCAUCAGAACCAACAUCCAGGAACAUUAGCAACGGUAGUGAUGAUGGAGCACAACCCUCAACAUCAACAGCUCCAGAGCAGGAGGACGUGGUGAUUGUUGACUCUGAGGACGAAGGCACUUCCAGCAACGCUGACGAUGUGGAGAGCAGGAGCCGCAAGAGGAAGCUGGACAAGGGCUGCGAGUGCGUGGAGGCCAAGAGAGCGCGCGCCGAGCAGGAGCAGGACGACCUCAUGAUCGUGGAGUCUGAGGAUGAGGGGGCUGCCAGCAGCCUCGGGGAGGAGGAGAGCAGGAGCCACAAGAGGAAACUUGAAGAGAAAGGGUGCGAGUGCGUCGGGGCGAAGAGCGUGUGCUGAGCUAAGAGCAAGAUGAAGAGCAUUUAGGGGAACCUCCAAAGGCCCCUUGACAAAGUGAUUCACAUAAUGUCAUACUGUAACAGCAGAUUGUGGUGGGAUGUGAAAAAUGUCCAGAACUAGACUAACUCUAAGGCCUUGGUUCAAAGUGGAUACCAAAUUGCUGGCUGAAAUAAUUUGUGUCUGUUUCUCUUUAUGAUAAAACUCUCGCAUCAAUAGACUCGGAAAGUUUUAUCUGUAUUCCAUAUAUUAAAUGUAGUGGAAACAUAGUCUAUGAAUACCUACAGAUAAGUAUUUACCUAAACAGUUAUGAAAACAGCAUGGUAUUUUUGUGUAAAUACCUUUUAGGUAUUAUCCAACAGGACAAAAAAAACCUACUUUUGUUUAGUGAAAGGGCCAUCACCAGAUGCCCACAUUUUAAGCAACUGCAUUUUUUAUUUUUGAGUGAUUACCUUUGAAGUUUCCCAGCAGUUGCCUGCCUGCACAUUUGCUUAUCCCUUUCUGAGGCCAUGUUGCAAGUGUGACUGCUCGACCUCCAGCAUUCACAAAAUCACAGAUGCUUGAAGAAUAACAUUUUUAGCCUAGUCCUAAACAUUUUUCACACCCCGAACAAGUAAAGAAAAUCCAACAAAGCAAAUUAGUGCCACGUUCUAACAGUGUUCUUGAACAUCAGCUGGCACUAUGUACAUUACUGUAAAACUGUUAAUUUACUCCAGUUUUUCAGCUCGUACUGCCUGGUAUGUCAAUGUAAGAAGCAAAUUUUUGUGUAUUGUUACAGUUUCAGGUUAUUUAUAUUUGAUGUUUUGUAAACUCAGAUACUACUACUAUACUGUACAUCUGAUGGACCAAAUAAAUAACAUCUGAAAUACUUGCUAUAUUUGCUUGCACAGUCCAAAAUUAUGCUGACUUAUGGGAUUUUACAAUGUAUAGCCUUCAAAAAUUACUGUAUUAUUUCCAUUUUUCUAAACAUAACCUAGUAGUACAGAACUUGAGCUUCACUUGUUUGAGGUGAAAGGGGAAUUUUUUUAAUAAAACUUUUGUGAAUGUUU